AUGACUUUCCCACCCGCACCAGCAGCGAAUAUUGAUUGGACGAAGUUAGGGCUCGCGGUGACGGAUAUGGUCAAUGGCCAUGUCGAGUCGACCUUUUCCAUUACCACCGGAAAGUGGACAACGCCCAAAUUCGUGGAGGAUCCGUAUCUUCGCAUUCACGGUUUGGCCCCGGCCCUAAACUAUGGGCAACAGGUGUAUGAAGGAUUGAAAGCCUACCGAUCGGCCGCUGACCAGAUCCUUCUCUUUCGCCCACAAUUCCAUGCGGCGCGCAUGCAACACUCUGCCGAUGUGGUCUCCAUUCCUCCCGUCCCCACCGACCAUUUUCUUGAGUGCGUGAAUCUUGCGGUCGCGAGAAAUGCCGAGUGGGUCCCUCCUCACGCGAGCGGAGCCGCCUUGUAUGUGCGCCCGGUCCUCUUGGGCUCUGCGGCGCAUUUUGCACUGACCCCUCCCACCGAAUAUACUUUCUGCGUAUAUGUGCAGCCAUUCAGCACCUAUCAUGGCAUUUCGCCCCUGCCCGCGGUCGUUCUCGAAGACUUCGAUCGUGCCGCACCCCGGGGAACCGGCCACGCGAAGAUUGGAGGCAAUUAUGCCCCCGUGAUGAAGUGGUCGGAGAAGGCCAAGAAGGAGGGAUAUCCUAUGACCCUGCAUCUGGACAGUGCCACUCAUUCCGAAAUUGAUGAGUUUUCUACCUCUGGAUUUCUAGGAGCGAAAAUGGAUGGAGAUAAGCCUGUGUUGGUGGUGCCCAAGAGUGAUAAUAUCAUUGGGAGUGUGACGUCCGAUAGUUGUAUGCAGAUUGCUCAGUCCUUGGGAUGGACUGUCGAGCAUCGCUCAGUCAAAUACGAGGAACUUGCGACCUUCAAAGAGGUGAUGGCCGUCGGCACUGCUGCCGCCCUGGUUCCUAUUCGGUCCAUUACCCGGACGUCGCGCGACGACCAUUUCGUCUACACCGAGGGGACGACUGCGGGUCCUGUCUGUCAACAGUUAUAUGCCGCGCUCACUAAGAUCCAGCGUGGUGAAGUUGAGGACCAGUUUGGAUGGCGUGAAGAGGUUAAGGGGACAUCUGAUGUGGGUUCUUCUGGUUCUUUCUGUAUCAUUAUGUAA